UGUGGCCUAGGCAAAGGUCGUGGAAAGAUUUAGGAAUGUUUUGAGAUGGAAGUUGGAAGAACCUCGUUUUCAUACUGUCCAAAUCCUUACUGCGCCAUUUUAAGCAAAUACAAUUGUUCUCCCACAUCUUCGUUGGAAACUCCGAGCCUCAUGGAACGUUUUUUCCUCUUUCUCUCUCUCAUUCUCCCGCCUCACAAACAACAAACAAGCUUUCUCUUCCCUCUCAACAAAAACCAAACUUCAACUCCCAUUUCUCUCUUUUGGGUUCCUCCAACCCUCCCCCAAAACCUUGCAUUCCCAAUUCAACAAUCUUCAAACCUCAAAUUCCAAUGCAUGGGCAAACAAAAAGGGUUGGAAUUCUUAAGUUCCUUCAUGGAACUAGGGUGCAGGUUCCUUUCUAGGACCAUCUAUACAAGAAAUAUUAUGUGAUCAUAGUGAUAUCAAUGGUGGUGGUGAACAUUCAUAUUCCUCUUAUGAUUGUUAAUGAAGGGAUUGUGUAGAAUUCCCAGGAUAUUUGUUGGUUCUCCAUCAUAAUUAUACAAGUUUCUCUGCUGAUUUUAAUUGCUUUUUUAGAGGGAUUUAGUAAUUAUGUCACCUUCAGAAUAUGGUAAUUAAGACGGGUGGAUGAUGUAUGAAAAAUUGUACGCUGUUUAAGGUUUGGAAACUCUUUGUGUUGGAUAGGUUGUUACCUGGAAAUUUGGCUUAGAAGUGAAAGAAUAGAGGAUUUAUCUUUUUGACUUUGUGUCUUGAAUGGGUAAUUUUCAACAGGACAAAAACUAGCACUGGUUAAACGUGGUUAGAUGUGGAGAAUUCAAUGCUCUAGUGCAAAAACUGUUUAUAUGAAGCUAACUAUAUGAUCAUCCACCAUGAGCAAUGAGGAUCCUGGCAUUUCAGGCAAGCAAUAUAUAGAUACGGUGAGUGUUGGUUUAAGCGACAGAAUCUCUUCUGAUGAUGAUUCAGACAAUAUAUGUCUACAGACGGGUGAAGAAUUUUCUGCCGAGUUCUUACGUGAUCGGGUUGCCUUAAGGAGAUUUCCUGUCGUUACUAAUGCAGACCAGCAUAUGCCAAACAGGUUGGACUUUAAUAUUAAAGAAAAUAAUUAUCAACUGGUUUAUGAGGAUCUAAAGCAUGUUCUUGGGCUAAGGAGAACAGAAUCUGAUAGUAACUCAGAUUUGUCUGAGAUUGCUUCAGUCAGAGGAUAUGCUGUUGAAGUUGACGGCAGGGCUUAUCCUAAUAAUUUGAGCAGAUACCAGUGUGAACACGGCGGUUUCAGACAAGCAUCAGGUAAAUUUUCUAGACAACUAUCCGGUAAAUUUUCCGAGGGAAAUGGUUGUGAUCAAGUUAAUUCGGGACCAAAUGCUCCAUCUGUUUAUGUCGUUGAGUCUCCUCAUUGCCAUCCUUAUGGAUCAGUAUUCUCAGAAGGUUCUUUCUAUAAGAAGAUAAAGUUUCUGUGUAGCUUUGGAGGUAGAAUACUACCAAGACCAAAUGACGGGAAGCUCAGAUAUGUGGGUGGAGAGACACGGAUAAUAUCCAUCAGGAAGAACAUCACAUGGGAGGAACUUAUGAGGAAGACUUCUGCUAUUUGCAGUCAAACUCACAUUAUCAAGUACCAGCUUCCUGGAGAAGAUCUUGAUGCUCUUAUAUCUGUUUGUUCCAAUGAGGAUCUUCAUCAUAUGAUUGAGGAGUGUGAAGAGCUUGAAAGAGCUGGAGGCUCUCAACGGCUUAGGAAUUUUCUCAUACCUUCAAAUGAAUGCGAGAGUCCAAGUUCCAAUGAAGCAAGAGUCAAUCAGCCAAGUGAUGCAGAUUAUCAUUAUGUUGUUGCUGUUAAUGGUUUGCUGGAUCCAAGUCCAAGGAAGAAUUCCAAUGGGCUGAGUUUGGCAAGCCAUGCCAAUCAGUUUGGAAAUACCUCUGAUUACAACAGUCCACAUUUCUAUAGAGACUCAUCCACAUCUGCAUUUGCUUCAGAGAUGAAGGAUUGCACCCCAAAUUCUCCAAAUUUGGUAGGCAUACUCUCAAAACCUGGUACUCAAUUCUUUCCAGUCCUAGCAGGCAAGUCAUUCAGUCAAAUGUCUCCUUUAUCUCCCACUUGUGUACAGCCUAAAGAUCCCAAAAUUUCUAAUGUACAGCUAUUUAAGGAUAAACCAUAUCAUGCUAUUAAUGAAAGCAUUACUCCCUUUGUUAUGGAAAAAGUUCCAUGCAACAAUUCUUUGUUUGUAGAAAAUGCCAAUUAUGUUGAUCCAGUUGCACACCAUAACAAUCUUGCUCAAGGGCCUACAUGUGUGAAUUACCAUCCUAAUAACCAAUAUAUAGUGGAGCCUGACCUGAUCAGGAAGCCUGGUGAGAAUCUUCACCUUCACAGACGGAACAACAGUAGCAAUGAGUUUGUCUCUUCUGCGGCAUGUAGUCUAACUGAUAUGAUCUUCGAGAGACCUUUAGUCAACAAUGAAGGUUCAUACCAUUUUAACAAGGUUGUCUCUCGUCCUCAUGAGUCAUCGAGUUUAUUCUCAGAUUCUGAUGUUAGAGAGGGAUCUUGGUACAGAAUGUUGCAUGCGCAUUCUGACUCAACUCUUAAGGAGAAUGAUGAGAACUAUAAAGUUCACUUGCAAUUUCCCCUCAGUGUAGAGAGAGACAAUUUGCCAUCACUGAAAAAUUCAAGUUCUUUAGAAGAAUGUUCGAUACAGCCUGGAGAGAUGAUCGAUAGGAAAGAACACCUGGCAAAGUAUCAAAAUUUGCCCAUUUUUGGAAAGACUGAUAGUUUUAAUGUGUCAGAAAUUGGUAAAGAUAUCUUGCAACUUGCAGAUAAAAGCAAUGAUUUUUUUGAUGAAAAUGCUGGAGCUAUGUCACAAGACAAUGCCAUAGAUUUAAAACAUUUACAGUACAUUUAUAGCUCACAUGGUGUUUGCUCAUCUUCACCAGAUUUCCAAAGCAGUGAAUGCAAUUUAUCUACUGCAUCAUUUAUCUCUUUAGAAUCCACAAGAAACCUGAGGGGGAAACCAUUAGACAGAACUGCUUCUGAGUUUUCCAGGAGGAGCCAAUACUCAUCGAUGGUUCACCAAUAUGCUAUGCCGGAGACAAAAGACGGUCAACCACUUCUUCCUUGCUCUUUUGAGUCCCAAACUGACAGAGGGUCCAUACUACCUAUCUCAUAUAUGGACAUGUGUUCUUCCUUAAGAGAGGUUGUUAUCCCUGUUGAAGAUCCUGCAUACUACCUGCACCAAAAGGAACAUAACACAGUCAUUAAGAAUCAGUGUUCUGAGUAUAUCAAUGAAUUUUGUGUCCACAAGCCUGUGGCAGAACCAGUGGCUGUUGUCAAGGGACCAAGGGAUUAUAAUUCUUCAGGUAUCCAGUCGUGCUUAAAAGUUGUCUCAAAUGUAGAUGAAGAGGCUGAUGUUGAACCUACAUCUCCUGAAAAGGAAGGGAUAGAAUGUGAUAAUCCAGAAUCUGAAAGUAAGCAUGCAGAAUCUGAUAGUGGAAACUUCAAUAAGCCUAAUGGUGAUAGAGCAACUGCUGAAACUGAGGCUGAAAUUUAUGGUUUACAGAAUAUUGAGAAUGAUGAUCUUGAAGAAUUGCAAGAGUUAGGAUCUGGAACAUUUGGAACUGUUUAUCACGGAAAGUGGAGGGGAACAGAUGUUGCAAUUAAGAGAAUAAAAAGUAGCUGUUUCUCUGGUAGAUUGUCGGAGCAAGAGCGGUUGACUAAAGAUUUUUGGAGAGAGGCACAGAUUCUGUCAACUCUUCACCAUCCAAAUGUGGUGGCAUUUUAUGGGGUAGUUCCAGAUGACCCAGGUGGAACAUUGGCAACAGUAACCGAAUACAUGUUGCAUGGAUCACUGAGGAAUGUUCUCAUGAAGAAGGAUAAAGUGCUUGACCGCCGGAAAAGGCUCCUGAUUGCAAUUGAUGCAGCCUUUGGGAUGGAAUAUUUGCAUUUGAAAAAUAUUGUUCAUUUUGAUUUGAAGUGUGAUAAUUUACUUGUCAAUCUGGGCGAUCCUGAGCGACCUGUAUGUAAGGUUGGAGAUUUUGGCCUAUCCAGAAUUAAACGCAACACACUUGUUUCCGGUGGUGUCAGAGGAACCCUUCCAUGGAUGGCGCCUGAAUUACUAGAUGGUAACAGUUGUAGGGUAUCUGAGAAGGUUGAUAUUUUCUCAUUUGGCAUUGCAAUGUGGGAAAUGUUGACAGGGGAAGAACCAUAUGCUAACAUGCACUGCGGGGCUAUCAUAGGUGGUAUUGUCAAUAAUACGCUCAGGCCUCCGAUUCCAAAACGAUGUGAUUCCGAGUGGAAAAAGCUGAUGGAAGAGUGCUGGAGUCCUGAUCCUGCAGCCAGGCCAACCUUCACAGAUAUUAAAAAUAGACUUCGCAACAUGUCAGAUUCAGUGCCCAAAAAGAGACAUAACAUUGCUAGACGAUGAAACUUACAUUUUUUUUUCUUGUAAAUUAAUGUAUGCAAAUACAAAAGAAAGAUGAAAACAAUUGUUCAAGUUGGCUAGCAUUGUUUGUACAGAAACCGUGGUGUUAAAGGCAUAAGCUGAAAAUGAGUAAAAUCCUUUUUAUUUAGGUUUAAUUAAAAAA